AUGGAAAACACCAACCACAUCUUCGAUACUGGCAGCUGCACGGAACUCGAUCUAGGGAACUCUUUCCUUCCGGAUCUAGAAAGUUCUGAGGGACUCAGCCAUGUCGGCCACUCACUGAAUGCCGAUUGGACUGGUCGAUACCAGUUCUCGCACGAGGAAAUCACAGCCCCUUUCUUUCUCAAGGAUGAAUCCGGUCCAUCGAACCCAAUACAAGCACACAGAGAUCCGCCCGGAUCUGAUACCCAACGGACACCUGAAUUCCUGUUGGACAAUUUUGGGGUGCCAGAUAUUUGGUCAUGUAUAGACUGGAGUGUUGUGGGGCAGAGCGGCCAAUACAAGUCAAAUGAAACGACCAAUUCAGGCUCCAGCCCCAAUAUCGAGAGUGGAACAACUUGUAGCAGCAAAUUUCCCAGCUACAGCCAGCAUGCUUCGCCAAGCGGGAGGGCAGCUGCAGCUGAGAGAUCACGAUAUCAACCUUCUAAGCGGGUGUCCCAUUACCGUAUCGAGAAGAAAUACCGCGCAAACAUCAAUGACAAGAUUCGCCUAUUGGAUGAGAUGCUGCCAGAGACCCCACAGCAUGGCCAACAGUGGAUGAACUCAGGGAAAGAAAAUAGCAAUGUCAGUUCCACUAGAAGGACAGUGGCGGCAAAUCGCAGCAAGGGAGAGGUGCUGUCUCUAGUCAUUGAUUAUAUUGUCUUCUUGCGAAAGAAAGACGCCUUGCAGCAACAGAGCAUCCGGGAAUUAGAGGGUUAUAUUCGGACAUCAAGGAACACAUUAGGGUUUUGA